AUGUGCCAGUACUCCCCCGCGUAUGUUGGUGAUACCGAUGGUGAUGUGAGUGCUUGGGAGUUGAAAGUUGACGACCAGAUGGACACGGACACGGACACGGACACGGACGACGCUGCAUCUGCAUGCAAUGACAGAUGGUGUUUGGUAGGCAGAGUUACCCUAUUACAUAUGCUUCCGGAAAACCAGUUUAUGAUAACAAGGAAAUAUCAUAGCAAAUGGCUUAACACGGUUAUGGUGCUCGCUUUCCACCCAAAUGAUGAUGAUAUCUUGUAUUUAGAGUUUUCUCAACGCAUCAUCAUGUGCAACAUUCCCUAA